CUCACAAAUAAUUCCGCCUCGGAACCAACGAACCUGAGCUCCGUCACCGAGCCUCGCUUUAUAUAAUUAAAACUCCUCUCCCCCCAUCUUCGUCACAUCGUGUUUUCAUCCUUAUCAACUUGAGCGAGUUGCAGAUAUUUUCUCAGGCCAACAAGAUCUAAGAUUCAGAGUUAUACAAAGCAAAAUGGCGAUGGUUUCAGGAAGACGUUCUACGCUAAACCCCAACGCACCUCUCUUCGUUCCAGCAGCCGUUAGACAAGUGGAAGAUUUCUCUCCGGAGUGGUGGCAGUUGGUGACGACCUCCACUUGGUACCAUGACUACUGGAUCAGCCAGCACCAGGGAGCUGAUGGUUUCUACGACAACGGAGAGAAUCAGGAAGUCGAUGUAGCUGAUCUUCUUCCGGAAUCGUUUGAUUUCGAUGACAUGGAAGAUGUCUUUGAACCUGAGUUUGAUCAUCAUCAAGGAUACGUUGGGCAACAAAUGUAUCAGGCAUCUUCUGAGUUUGGUUUAGGGAAGAAUGGUGAGAUGGUGAGGAAAUCGAGUGGGAACAGGAGCCCUAGGUCGAUUGUUGAACCAGCAAAGUAUGCAGAGAAGCCAGCCAAAUGGGGAAACCAGAAGGUUGCUCCACGAAACAUCCACCAGCCUCGUUGAAGGAGGGUUGUGAUAACUAGGCAGAGUAUGUUGUAUCUUUAGCCACCUGUACCUUUGUAAUUUUUAGUAUUUUCUGCUUUCCCCCAAGAGAGAAGCUGUAACUUCUUUGUAUCUUUAUGAUGUUCAGUCUCAAAACUUGUUAUCACCAAAAAAUGUAAAAACAUAAAAAAAAUUGUAUAAUUUGAAGAGUAAUGAGAAAUAGCCUUUCGCA